AAUUAAUGUAAUUUGAUUACAUAUCAGUCCAUUUAGGUCAUUGUAUUAUAUUUUGAGUUGGAUUUUUUUAACACAUAUAAUUACAUAGGAAAUGGUUUUUUUUUCAUAACUUGUGUUUAAAUUUACAAUUACCUGCAUUCAUACCUAGUAAAAUUAAAUAAAGUGAACUUAAUAGACACCAACCUAUGAAAAGAUUCGUUCAAAUUAUAAAAGCAUAAAAUAUGAGUUAUUUUGUAUUGGCGUAGAUGAGUAUUUUCAACACAAUUCAGAUUGAUAACAAUUCAAUUUACAAAUAAUUAUAAUAAAUGAAGUUUGUGGGCUUUAAAAUGAUUUUUAUCGUCGCAUUGUCCUUAAUGGGAUCGGUUGUUAAUUCGGAAGAAACUAUCGAUUUCAAAUUACCUACUAAUUUCAAACCCGUCAGCUAUGAACUGAACGUGGUUACGCACUUGGAGGAUAAAUUCAUGUUUGAAGGAGUAGUUUGUAUUCGCAUGACAUGCGUAGGAGCUACCGAUACUAUUGUGUUGCAUUCGGCCAGUUUGAACAUAGAUACCAAAAGUGUUGUUGUGGCCAACUGUGGUGAAAAUGUCAUCCAAGUAAGCAGUGUGUCUUUUGAUCCAGAUAAAGAACUUAUGCACGUCAAGUCAACCGUAAACUUUAAGCCCUGUGACGAAUACGUGCUGACUAUACCAUUUACCGGAAACCUCACCGACGAUUUAGUAGGUUACUAUAGAAGUAGCUACGUAGACAAGGAAAGCAAUCAAACGAGGUGCGUUAUUAUAACAAUUUUAAUACAAUGCACAGCACAAGUCAUAAAAAAAUAUAAAAAAAUAUUUUUGUGAUUUCGUUUCUUUCUAUUGUUGUGUACGUCUUAUUUUAAACAACGUAAAACAAUUUAUUCGGAAGUUCGGACAGAUAUUCUGCUGGAAUACAACUGACUUCCCUUCGGGACGAGCGCGGACGACAGGUCCGAUGUGGCUACCAAACCUGUCCACUCAGUGGAAUGUCAUAUGCUGUCGCCGUGCUCGUUUCCACGGGUUAGGUUGCAAUUUCUUGUACAUCAUAAGGUUCUGUGAUUUCAGGUAAAUAUAAUUUUAGUAUACUACAUCGAUAACUUAGUACAAACUUAUAAUAACUAAUGUAAUGACAAUUAUAUAUAGCAAUAUCAAAUGAUGUUCUGGUUUUACAAAAAUAUUUUCUGUGGUAUCCUUGUACAAUUCAUUGAGUUCAUUUAAAUCUUGAGACUCCUGAGCUAAUUUGUUAAAAUUUAUAAAAAGCGUAUGUUUACUGAUUUUCUGAGGUUUACGGUGAUCUGUUAGUUUCUUAAGGGAUAAUGGUAAGUUUGAACUUGGAUUUUCAGGUACGAAAUCUUUAUGAUAUGUUGUUUUGAUAAUACGAAAACGAUGUGGGUACUACCAACGGGUGACCAUAUACCACUUCAUGCGGCUGGAACCCCGUAGCUAAAUGUAUGGAUGAAUUGUUACAAUACAUUGCGUAGGGAACGUAAAUUUCCCUAUUUUGAGGGUUUUGACUAGAAUAAUUCCUCAAGUACUCUCCAAGAUUUCUGUGACUGCGUUAUAAGCCCCCGUUACUCUGCGAGUGAUAAGGUGUUGUGGAGGUCUGAGUUAUCUUCAAGAGGGAUCUACUAUCUGGUAAUCAAUGUCCUUCAGAUGAUAUAUGACGUCUUAAUAUACGAUUGUCUGAUCCACGAGAGAAUACAUUUAUAUUAUAUUAAGCUCACUCCCAGAGUCUAAGAGUAGCUUCGAUUUAUUACUGAUAGUCUGUUCAAUGUAACAGGUUAAAUGAUCUCGAUCUAAUUCUGCUUGGAUCGGGCGCCCACCGCUGGCAAUCGGUUGCUGUUGGUUUUCCUGCUGGUUGUCUUCCUUUUUGUAGCUUACAUAAUUCCUUUUACGGCAAUAUUUCAGCAGAUGUACUGACUUUUUACAGUAGUGACAUUCAAUGUUUCUAAUUGGUGCCGUUGUGGAAGAAGGUUUUGGGUUUGUCAUUGUCGGCAAUCCUUUGCCAUAUGACCAAUUUUACUACAGUGGAAAGAAGUGGGAUUCUUCAUGGGUUAGUGUGGCGUUUCAUAUAACUUCAUUUGUCGCUUCUUGUGAGUUUCUGACUAGUUUUUCCUCCCUUGCUGCUUGUACGGUAUUGUCUAAUGUUAAUGGAUUCCUUG